GUGUGUGUGUGUGUGUGUGUGUGUGUGUGUGUGUGUGUAUAAAAAGUAAUAUAUUCUGUUACUACUGUUAGAAGAAAAUGUUCUAUUGUGAGAAGAGGCAGCGGAAUAAAGUUAUCACUUUGGACAAUAAUAUUAUCUGAUUAUUAUGACAGUUGGUUGAUCAAGUUUGGUCCAUAAUUUGGUGCUCGUUAUUAAAAACAUUCUCUCUCUGUGUCGUUUCCGGUUCUUUGGCAAGAUGGCAGCGCCCUUGUUCGUUCACUGGCUUGAUCGUAAACAUUGGACACAGAGGAGCAUUACUGGCGGCACUUCCCUAAUCAUAUACCAACAUCAGUGCCCCCACUCAACUAUUAUUAAGAAGUACAGUCAGUCUGAGUCAUCCCUCCCCUGCACGUAGCAACGUGGAGAACUUUUGUCUCAGAUGGCUGUCUGAUGACGAGGACAGGAAGUGCUCAAAAUUCAUAGCCCCGGCCAGGAAAGUUUCUGUGCCGGAUGUGUCAGAAUGUGUCAGGAUGUGUCAGGAUGAGCAUGUCUAUGGCGUGAACAACGCAAGCCAGAUGUGUCAGAAUUAGCGUAUCUAUGACGUGAACAACACAAGCCAGAUGUGUCAGGAUGUGUCAGGAUGUGUCAGGAUUAGCAUAUCUAUGACGUAAACAACACAAACCAGAUGUGUCAGGAUGUGUCAGGAUUAGCGUGUCUAUGACGUAAACAAACAAACCAGAUGUGUCAGGAUGUGUCAGGAUGAGCGUUUCUAUAACGUGAACAACACACGCCAGAUGUUGAUGAAGCUUGGACGUCUGAGCACACCACAAGUUGUCCGCCAUUCCUCCUGAUGUGAUCAUCGAAGUGCCUCGUUGUGAAGCCAGUAUGGCUGUUGUGUUCAGAAACAGGAGGUUGCGGGUGAUUGUCAUAUCUUUGGCUGUCAUCGUAAUCCUGUAUCUUCUAAUCUACACUAAGCUGCCAGAUGGUGGGAGGGCGAAGAAAGACGUGGAGUAUACCGACACUCACCAAGGAAAGCACAAAUCUACUGGUCCAAUUACCAAAGAAAACCUUCCAGAACGGGUGACCGUCAUCAUCAGAGAGUUCGAAGACUUUGACAAUGCUAUCACGGAUUCUGUGGAAGAGCUCGAGAGAACACUGAAACAUGUCAAAGUUCUCGUUAUCUCGGACGACGUUCCUUAUCCUCCCGUUCAGCUCAAUCCUAAAGGUUCAGCUCGUAUUGUGACUCUGGCCGGAAAUCUGUUGGACAACCACACCAGCUGUUGUCCUCUCCACCAGGUGGACACAGACUUUGUGUUUGUGGUCCCCGACAACGUGAAGAUCAGGGACUGGACGUUCAUCAAAAGUGCAGCGGCUUUUCUACGCUCGCGGAGGAAUACAAAAGCCGUCGCUGUACCAGUGUCUGACAGUAAACUGGAAUGUUUCAACAUGACGGUGGAUUACAAGCGCUGGACUCUUUCUUUCCCGCGGCAGGAUGCGGGAAGUGCUCUCAGCGAAUGCCAGCUAAUAAAAGGCAGCCAUGGGUUAUUCUUAGAAACAGAAACGCUGAGGUCCCUCACAGAACCUCUGUCGCGACCUUUCCCGUUUACGUACUAUGUCCAGGCUCGUGUCAAAAACUGGAAAACGAGAGUGAUGAAGUCGGGUCGUCUGGAGGUCAUCAGGCCACUGUACACUGACCCCCACUCCAGCUGGAAGCGAAAGCGAGCCAUCACAGACAGGACAAAGGCUUUUUACCGGAGUGUGGGGAUUAAACGAGAAGUGUUGCCCACUGGUGCCUCUCUCUACUACGGCUGCGACAAGGACAAGCCACGCUGCUUCGGCACGGUCCUCAAGGACAUGCCGCAGUUUCUGUACCAAGGUCGCUGGACGCCCCCGUGCUGUCUGAGGGCGCUGAGAGAAACGGCCAAUCACGUGUUCCGAGCACUGGAGGCGUGCGGGGCUCGCUACUGGCUGGAGGGGGGGAGUCUGUUGGGGGCGGCUCGCCACGGCGACAUCAUCCCCUGGGACUACGAUGUGGACGUGGGCAUGUACAAGGCCGACAUUCCAAAGUGCUCCAGUCUGGUGAAGGCACAGGCCGAGCCGUUCACCGACGCUCAAGACUUUGUGUGGGAGAAGGCUUCCGAGGGAGAUUUCUUCCGCGUGCAGUACUCGGAGGUGAACCGUCUCCACGUGGACAUUUUCCCCUUCUACUCCAAGGGCGGGGUUAUGACCAAAGACUCGUGGUUCCCCACCCACAGACAGGACACGGAGUUUCCAGAGAGUUUUCUCACACCCCUCAGUGUCGUAGAGUUUGCUGGCGUCAACGCCAGCGCUCCGAACAAUGUCAAGAAGUUUCUAGAAUAUAAGUUUGGUCAAGGUGUUGUAGAGAAUCCUAGGUAUCCAAACUAUCAAAGGCCAGUGUGAAAAGAAAUGAUAGUAUUUAUGAUUUGUGAAAUUCCGUCAUACCAGGUUGA